AUGGGAUCAGUUUGUGCAAAGAAAAAAGAAGCGAGAAUUAAUUAAGUCAUCCAGGAUCAAUCUGCCUCGCCCUACAUGCCUGAUCAACAAACUUCUUUGCUACUCCAAGACAAAAAGACUCAACCUCAAACUUUAGUUAAGGUCAAGAUCCCUAAGGUAAUCCAUUCUCAUUAGUUCUUUCUUAGAAAAACAAAAAAGUGAGGGAAACUGUCAAGGCAGUCACACUGAAAAAUGAAGAAGUAUAUCUACAUCAAAAUCUAUCAAUUUCUAGGGACAAAAGAUGUUGAAUGAUUACGUUUUCGAUGAAUUUUUGGGUCAAGGUGCUUUCGGCAAAGUCAAACUGGCACACAAGUAAGGAGAUCCCUCCAAAAGAUAUGCUAUCAAAAUACUUAAAAAGAGCAAGCUUAAACGACAAAGGGAAUUUGUUAAGGAUGCCAAUGGAAGUAUAACUACCCAUUCUAUUUCAAUGUAGAUCUCAUUGUUAAAGAUGCCUUGCAAGAUGUCAGAAAAGAAAUUGCAAUCAUGAAGAAAAUAAGACACAAGAACCUCAUUUAACUUUAUGAAGUUAUUGACAAUCCGACGUGUGACAAAUUGUUUAUGGGUAAAUUUCCUCAUUUUUAUGUCUUAGUUCUUGAAUUUGCAGAAGGAGGUCAACUGAUUGAAUGGGAUGAAGAUGAGGGCAAAUUUUAUAAAUUGAAUGAAGAUGAAGAAUUAACAGAAGACGUACUUUCUUCACUUUUUCGAGAUUGCAUAAAAGGCUUAGCAUUCCGUAUUCUCUUUCAAUAUAUAUAAAGUCCAUAAAAAUAAAAUUGUACACAGAGAUCUCAAACCUCAAAAUGUUUUGAUGUCAGGCAAAACAGCCAAAAUCGCAGAUUUCGGAGUCUCAUAAGUAGUGGGUUCCAAAAAUGAUGUACUCGAAAAUACACAAGGCACCUACUAUUUCAUGCCUCCUGAAGCCUGCGAUAAAGAAACAGCCAAAGAUGGAUAUUCUGGCAGGGCUGCCGAUAUUUGGGCACUUGGUAUCACCUUCUUCGCUUUCACCUACUUAAAUGUCCCAUUUACUGGAAACAGCAUUCCUGACAUCCUCAAGAACAUAUCAUCAAAUGAGUACAAACCUUAUUCAAAUUUAUAGAGUGGUUUUCCCUGACGAUUCUGUCAUCAGUGAUGGACUUAAGGAAUUUCUUAGAUUCAUCUUGAAUAAAGAUCCAAAAAAAAGACCAUCCAUCAGUGAAAUUGCCAAACAUCCUUGGGUUAAUUAAAGUUCUGCCAACCUAUUAGAUGAAAUGUAUUAGAUUAUAAUAACUAAAUCCUAGGGAUCAAGAAGAAAAGGUCAUGGAAGUCUCAUAAGUUGACAUAGAUAAUGCAUUUUCCUUAGUUUCAUUGAUGAAAAUUAAAAGUUGGGCUUAAAAAUGGAGAACUGAAUCUAAUCUAAAAAAAGCUGGACCAUAAAAUGGUGCUGAAGAAAUAGAGAUUAAAUGA